UCAGAAUAGAAACUGAGUUCAUUAAAGAAACACAAAGUUUAGUUUUCUGUAAAUUUUAAUCAAAAUGAAAUUCGCUAUUGUUACCUUGUUCACUUUUGCCUUGACUUUGGGCGUUCAAUCAUCCGUAAUUCCCUUGGGUGGUGUAGUGACACAAAUUGCUGGUCAUUCACUUGCACAUACAGGCGUUAUAUCCCCACUUGGUUUACCCUUGGGUGCUAUUGCUCUUGGUCAUGGACCAGCAGUAGUUCCAGCAGCAGUUCCUGCUGCUAUUUCAGUACAUCCACCAGCCGCUGUCGCUGUACAUGCCCCCGUAGCUGCACCUGCUGCUAUUCCUGCUGCCGUACAUGUUCCCGCAGCUGUUCCUGCAGCUGUACAUGUUCCCGCUGUUGCAGCUGGUCCCGGUAGUUAUGUUGCCAAAACUCGUGGUGCUAUUCACACUGCUCCCUUGGCGGGUCAUCUCAACUCAGUAGCCAAUGUUAAUGUUGCCCCAGCUCCUGGCACUAUCUAAACAUUGAAUUUUUUCUUCACUAUCAUCAACAUUUUAA